AUGGAUAUGACUAACUUGGCAAUCGAUUGCCCUGUGAUAGAAACCGGCUCCCUUGCUUUGUGGAUGGCUUCCUCCGAAGUGGACCAGAAGGCCUUGGGCAAUUUUGCGGCCAUGACGGGCCUUGAGAACCCGUUCCUGUCCGCGAUGCUGUACAAAAUUCUGGGGCUGUCUGUUAUGUUAUCGAAGAAACUCCUCCGUGCACGACGGUUGCGACGCCUUGACCCCACCCGAGAGACUAAAUCGCUUCAUCUUUAUUAUCAUAUCAUCUGGCUUUCCCGCGAGGGUCUUUUGAUAUUAGAGGAGUUUGUCCUGCCCCUGGUUGAGGGAUGCAUGGAACUCAAGAUUCUAGCCUACAAGUUGCGCGCCUCCUUCUAUCAUAUAUUCGUCCUGUUUCAGAAUCAGCCUGCUGUCCACACGCCGGGUAUCGUCAGCCUGCCGAGUAGUACACCUCUAUCCAAUGGCGUUACUGAAGCCGAGUCACCAUCCAAGGAUUCCAAUUCGCGAUUUUCAUUCCAGCUGAAGCCCGACACGAUAACGGUUUCCGGGAAGCCCAGUUCAGCCUCGGAUGGUGCGCCACGAGGCAAGGUUACGCAGGCACCCCCGGGCUUCGCGCCGGUUCAACCGCCCAAGUCGACCUCCUCGUUUCUCCUCCCUGCACUCGACUACACCCCCACAGCUACCGCAUGCUUCAAUCAUGCUGCACUCCUGGCGGAUCAAUUCCUCCCGGGCUCGCACCCGCUCCGUCUGUCCAUCAAGCUGGAAUUUGCUGCCUACCUCUACGACUGCUUACAUGACACUCACGCCUGUCGACGGCUGGCCAAGCAAGCCAUUGCCGACGUGUACAAUGCGCAGGAGGGCAUGGACGACGAGAGCUUCGAGGAUGCGGCUGAGAUUGUGGGGAUUUUGGGCAAGAUGGUGAAGCGGGGAAGGAACGCAAGCAGUGCUGGAAAUAGCACCACGGCUUUGAAAACACCUCGGGAGGAGCGUAGUGAGGGCACUCGAACGCCGUCCUCUCAGACAACUUCGAAGAAGCCGGCAGCGCGAGUGCCGAAAAGCUCUCCGGCGCGCGCGACCAAACCGACGACUAGCGAGGGCAUGUCACCCGCUGUGCCCGACCCCACCAUGAUGAAUCCCAUAUGA